AUGUUGUCGUUACUACGGUUAGCACGGUGUUCGUUCAGUAGUGGCUUCGUAACGUCAUUAUCACGAUCCCUUAGUGGUCAGCCGAAGAAAUGUGUGAAUAUCACAUUCUCUUGGAAGAACGGUCGUAAUAAGACCGUAUACGCCAAAAUAGGCGAUAACUUAUUGGACGUUGUGUUAGAUAAUGAUGUUGAUAUUGACGGGUUCGGCGCUUGUGAAGGUGCAUUAGCGUGCUCAACCUGUCACCUCAUCUUUGCCAAGGAAGAUUUCGAUAAUCUGCGUGAUCCCUUAACGGAAGAAGAACAGGAUAUGCUAGAUUUAGCUUAUGGCUUGACUGACACAUCACGAUUAGGUUGUCAGGAUAGUACUGAUAUAAAGUUGCACAAGUCUGCCAAAUCAAUCCUUACGAAACCUCUUAAAUCAGAAAAUCCAGAAGAUUUUAAACAAAAACGAAAGAAUAAAAAUCUUUCCAAAUUAAAAAAAUAUAAAAAACGUCAGUUAAAAAAGAAACAUUCAAGUAAACAAAUAACAAAUGAACGAAAAAUAAUAAAAACAUUCAAUGAAAUACAAGAAGAGGCUUUAAACUAUCUAAGAAUAUGGCAUGAAGAUUAUGAAAACUGGAAAUUUAAAAAACUUCUACAAUCCUGGUUAAUAAAAAAUGCACUAAAUAGAAAAAUGGUUCCCAGUUCGGAGUUCCGAAUAUUUAAACAGUAUAUUAAAGGACUAGUUGGAUGUGCUCGACAGAAUUUAUUAAAUCAAUGCUCAAAGAUAAUGGAGGAACAAACUGAUGGGUUGGAGACAUGUACAGAACUUGUAAGUAGAGGAGAUAUGUCACCGGACAAUAUUAUUGGUCAGCAGAAGUCAGAAUAUUCAACUGCUAGAAAACGUGCAAAGAAAAUAUUUGCAGUUUUAUCAAAGACUUCUGAUGUUCAAUAAAUUUUUACAUAAUACUAAGAUUUUUAGUGUUAUUAAAUCCUUUGUAUGCAUUAACUACUAUCGUAUACUUCGAAAUUAUUCAUAACAUGAUGUUACUAAAUAAACGUAUAGUAGUUCAUGACUCUAUAUACAUGUAGGUGAAGCGGUGUCUCAGUAGUUCAAGCGUCCGAACUUUAGCCACUAAGUUGCAUGUUUGAAAUUCGCUCCACCUAUUUCGGCUUAGGCAACCGACUUGUAUCACUAUUUC